AUGGCUUCUCAAGAAUUUACUGUGUUAUACACUCACCAAAAAAUGAAAAAAUCAAAAACGUGGCAAGAUGGAAUUCUGAGGAUUAGAACUGGCGGAAAUAAGGCUCUCUUGUUUGAUGAUAAAGGACAAUGUUUGGAGAGUAUUUUUAUAAAAUCUCAGGUGAAUGCUGGAGAUAAUUUAGAAAGUGAACGAUAUUUGAUCACAGUUGAAGCAGUAAAAGUGAAUGAAGAAUCUUUGGGAGAUCAGCCAAGGAAAGCAGAAACACCAGCAGUGGAUAGAAAUGGUGUGAAACCCGGUGUUCUGCCUCCAAGACAUCUGUCUGUCGGCUUGAAAAGGAAGUUUACGGGUUUCCAAGGGCCACGCCAAGUUGAAAAGAAAAUAUCAACAGUGGAAGAUGGAGAAAACCCCAGAACAUUGCCUUUAUCACAGCAGUGUGAGGAGACAGAGAAGCAAAACUCCAAUCAGUCCAUUGUGAAGCCAGAAUCUCCUCUAAUUACUGGGCGCGCCAAAUCUAGUAGUCAGACAGCCGCUCAAGGAGCAGCGUCGCACAACAUCAGGAGCACAGCACAGAUAAUAGCGCUUUUGAAGUCUAAACCAACUGAAGGAUGCAGAGAGCAAACGUCAUCUGAAGUCACAGACUACAGGGAGCAUUCGGUGACUGAUGGUCUUAAGGAGAAUUUAUCUGUGAAGCUGCAAAGAAAAGGCCAUUCAUCUCCAGAGGAAACAGCAAUUGGUGAAACUGAGUUUGAGAAUGUAGAGAGCGUAAAUGCCUUUCGCGAAGCCUGCAGAAGUGAAAGAAUAGGAAUGGAUGGCCUGAAAUGCACGGCAAUGGCUGAAAAAAGUUCAUCAGAUCUUCCUGAUUGGGUAAACAAUAUCGCUCUUCUAAGAGCUUUGACUCAACAUAGCACAGCAUUAGAAAGCUUACAAAAGAUGGAGGAAAAUAAUAGCCCUGUUGCGUUUCAAGGGCACCAAGUAAAGGGAUCAGCAGCUAGUGAGAUAAUGUUGAGAGCUCCCUGCUCACAGCUAGGAUGGCAGCAGUACCCAGAUCAUAUGGAGUUUGCAGCUGAGAGAUUUUUGUCACCCCUCUUUUCAAGGGAUUAUGUCCUUUCUGACUUCAGACAGUCCCCAGGUUCACGAAGUCUUCAUGAGGAUGAUAUCAACUUUAUCAGAGAAGAGAAUUUUCAAAAGCAGUCUGACGUUAUUGAGAAGUCAAGAAGAGAUGAGUCCCCAUUGGCAUUGACGGUGUAUUCUGAAGUUCCACCGUGGACAAUACAAAGCAAGUGGCUAAAGUAUCAAAACAGUGCUCAGAGUGACUUGGUAACUCAAAACAGCGAUGAUAGCGAAGUGACUGAUGACAUCUGUGCUGAGAAUGUCCUCGGAAUGCUGCCGGGCGACAUAGGAGAGAGCAGCGCUGUGAAUAAAAGUGCUCCCGGCUCUGCGCCUCUCCAGACAGCAAAGAGCGUGCUUGGUAAACGCUGUGCGAAUACCAGCAACCAAGAUUUGAUUUCGGAGAGGAAGUUACUUUCUCUGCACUUAAGUCAGACGCCUUUGGCUGAAGCGACACAAAAGGUGUUAAGUCAUCUGAGCUGCCGCACCGUAACCGGAGACGGCCAGGACACCGUGAUUUCCGAGUUGUCUUUUCCUAAUGUGGACAAAGUAAAAUACGCUAAUCUUCCUAAAAGACAGAUUUCCAUACCAACGGUGUUUCAGUCUCAUGUUCACUACAAACAGGUUUUUAAAGCUGCGCUGACAGAGCAAUUAAACAUCGUGCUAUUUGAGUUGUCACAAAGAUUACACAAUGCUCUUUCAAAAGCGGAUAUAUCCUUUUACACUUCACUGAAAGACGGGCAAAGUGAGAGCAAAGAAAGCUGCGUUCCACUCUGCAGUCACAUGCAUCCCGCUAAGCUUGUUAUGGUUAAAAAAGAAGGUCAAAACAAGGGUCGUUUGUUCUAUACCUGUGAUGCCCCAAAAGCUGAGCGGUGUUCGUUUUUCCAGUGGAUAGAAGAUGCGAACCCCACACAGAUAAAAUCCAGACCUAGUGUAGUGCUUCGCGAUAUAAAAAGUAUCGGGACGUACCUCAGAAGUCAAAAGAUUUCUCUCUAUGAGGGAUGCCAGCUCUUGGUGAGGAAAGCCUUUGAAGUUCAAACACAGCGGUGUAGUAGGUUCAAGAAAUUUACGAAUACGCCUGCCAGAUUCGAUGGUGAUUGCAAAAAAAAAUUAUACCUCAAACUAAGCAGAAAGGAGCAUUAUUCUCUCUAUAGCAAAGAUGAUAUCUGGGUUGUUUCGAAGACUCUGAACUUCGAUCCCCUUGAUACUUUCAUUGCAAGUAGUGCUUUCUUUGGACCAUCCUCCAACGGCGAAGUAGAAUUACUACCACUGAAAGGCUACUGUCCCUCAAACUGGCGAUCAAAUAUGUUUGUUCAUGCUUUGCUGGCUUGUAAUGCUAGUGGUGAGCUUACAUCUUUAAGAAAUAUGGAGGAGCACUUCAAUCCAUCUGCAUUACCACUAACACCAUAUCUACUAAAAAUGGAUUUUGAUUCUGAAAAUGCUGCUAAGAGAGUCAACAAAAGAAAAUUUAUUCCACCUGCCAUCAGCCUGAAAUGCACAAUGACGUAUGGGCCUGUCAGCGCUGAAGUGGCCCUGGGACUAGCGACAAAGAUGAUCCAAACGUUCUCGUUGAACCCAGAUCAAGCUACGUCACUGAUUCAGAUAGCUCAGAUGAUGACCUCACGUGGAAAUAUCAAACCAGUGGAAGAACAUCAGAUCUUCCCUAUCACGAUCAUACGUGGGGUUUUUGGAGCUGGGAAGAGCUAUCUGCUGUCUGUUGUGAUCUUGUUCCUAGUGCAGCUCUUUGAAAGCAGCGAAGCUACGGAGGGUCCGAGGCCAGCUCCAUGGAAACUUCUGAUCGCUUCUUCCACUAACGUUGCCGUUGACAGGAUACUGCUGGGUCUACUUGAUCUUGGAUUUGAGGAUUUUAUCCGAGUGGGAAGUAUUAGGAAAAUCACCAAAGCAAUUCUUCCCCACAGUUUACACGCUGGCUCGGGAAAUGAAAACGAGCAGUUAAAAGAGCUGCUUGCUCUCAUGAAAGAAGAUUUAACUCCGGUUGAAAAAAUGUACGUCAGGAAGAGUAUUGAGCAGCACAAACUGGGGACCAAUAAAACUAUACUGCAACAGGUGAAAGUGGUUGGAGUGACCUGUGCUGCCUGCCCCUUCCCUUGUCUGAACUCUCUGAAGUUCCCCGUAGUGAUGCUGGAUGAGUGCAGUCAGAUGACGGAACCCGCUUCGCUCCUUCCUAUCGCAAGGUUUCAGUGCGAAAAGCUAGUCCUCGUCGGAGACCCUAAGCAAUUACCACCAACUAUUCAAGGGUCUGAGAGUGUUCACGAAAAGGGAUUGGAGCAGACGCUCUUUGACCGGCUUUGCUUAAUGGGACAUAAACCAAUACUUCUUCGGACACAGUACCGAUGUCACCCUGCUAUUAGUGCCAUAGCCAACGAGCUGUUCUAUGAAGGAAAUCUGAUAGACGGUGUUUCCGCGACCGACAGAAGUCCUCUGUUGGAUUGGCUUCCAACACUAUGUUUUUAUAGUGUUAAUGGAGUCGAGCAAAUUGAAAGAGACAACAGCUUUUAUAACAUGGCAGAAGUCCAUUUUACAGUCAAGCUCAUCCAGUCUCUGAUUGCAAGUGGAAUAGAAGGGUCGGCAAUUGGUGUGAUUACUCUUUAUAAAUCACAGAUGUGUAAGAUUCAGAAUGUGCUUACUGACGUACGCUCUGAGGCUUUGGAAGUUAAAGCCGUCCAGGUGUCCACUGUAGACGCCUUCCAAGGAGCUGAGAAGGAGAUCGUUGUUUUGUCGUGUGUCAGAACAAGACACAUUGGGUUCAUAGACUCCGAAAAGAGAAUGAACGUUGCGCUAACGAGAGCGAGGAGGCAUUUGUUGAUUGUUGGAAACCUGGCCUGUUUAAGUAGGAACAGGCUGUGGGGAAGAGUAAUUCAUCACUGCAAAGGCUGGGAAAAUGGAUUGCAACAUGUCAGCCAGUGUGAGCGGCAGCUAAACGACAUUCUUACGUGUUACUUGGAGAAACGGAAGGAAGAGGAGCAGAAUAAGAAAAAGGAAAAGCAAAAAAAUCGGGAUAAAAAUCAUCACCCGCAGGACCAAGAGGACUGCGUGGGUCAGCUUCUCUGCAUUAAUUUCACACCUACUCUCCGCGACGGCUAA